ACAGCAUAAUAAGAAGAAAAGCGCUCGGAAACACAUAAGCUAAAAUAAACGAAUCUCGUUCAGAGAGGAAAACAUAAGACGAUAGCGCCAGUCCUCAACAACUCACUAUAACACCAAAACGCUCCCAUAUAAAAGUCACGUCACUUCCUCGCCCAUCCCUAAAGGAGAAAAAAGAAACAUAGGAAAGAAGAGUGACGCGAAAAAGUCAGUAAAAGACCGAAGGAGAAGAUAUUUAAAGACGUUGGUUUAAAGAGGAGCAAAGAAGUAUAACAAAGUUGCCAAACACACGUUUAUUCCCUCGUUUGGAAAGAAACCGAUUUGAUUAACCCAAUUUACUGCUGUCCCCUGAUUUUUCAAUGCACUGAAAUAUUCUGUUUGAGACGAAUUAUUUUCACUGUCGCAGCUUCAUUGGACUGGAGGAAUUAUUCCUGAGCAAAAGGCAGGACUUCUGCUUGAGUUUGAAAGAACACAGCAUGCCUCUCCACAAAUCAUCUCGAACCCCCCGUCUGGACCCCACAAUGAUCUCCGCUCCACUGGGUGAUUUCCGUCACACCAUGCACAUUGGUCGUGGUGGGGAUGCUUUUGGUGACACCUCCUUCUUGUCCAGCCAUGGCCCCUCUAGUCCUAAUCCCAACUCUGUUUCAGCAGUCCCGGCAGCCGCUGCAGAGACCACAGAGUUUCAGAUGAACCACGAUGGUGAAAGUGGAUGGACGGAGGAGACCCGUCCAAGUGGGCUCCAACAUUCAGAUUCAGUGUCCUCCUUUGACCUCGACUUUGAUUUAGGGCCAUCCAUUUUAGGAGAUGUACUGGGAGUGAUGGAUGGACUGACUCUGGGUUCGGAUUGGACAGGGGGCAAAGACAGUGAGGAGGUUUUCAGUCCUGGCAAGAGCACAAUGGAUGUUAUGAUGUCACCAAAGAGUGCUGUGAAUGAGUUGAAUGAGAGGAAGAGAAUGGAAAGUAUGUCCAAAGGGGUGUGCCAAAGAGACGAGCAACUAAACGAGGAGAAUGGUUUGAAAUCCAAAGGGCUCAGGCCCAAAGUUCGAUUUAGCGACAAACGGGAUGUGAUCAUCGGUCGACAGGAUGUAAUUGAGGGGCUAGAUGUGGAAGGUGAAGAAGACAUGUGCUUGAGACCAAGUAAUGGGAUGCAGGAGAUCAGUGGAAGAACACCUUGUGACAAAGACCCAGAACAACCUGAGCUAAGUAAUCAGAGGGUGGACAACACUCCAAGACCCUCUUUCUCAGUGAACUCAGAAUAUGAGGGAGUCUCACCAUUGGAAAGGAUGCGAGAAGACCAGCAUCUUUCAGAAACGGAUUCAGAGGAGGAGGGUGCAAAUGGAGAACAAGGAUACACUUUUGAGGACGAGUUUGAUGAUGAGAUUGGUUUGUAAAAGGACAUUGUGAGGACAACAUUUGAGGACCAAAAGUAAGUUGUGUUAUUGUCAUCGUUGAUGGAUCAUAGCAUGUGAACAGAGGUUUUUUUUUUUAUCAUGAUUCUUUAAAACAUCCCAAAACAGGGAGAGUUAAUGACAAUUUUUACAUGAGGUAAUAAAUGGAAUAGUUACAAAUUUUACGAAGAAGUUUAUGUUGGUGUUUUCUCAUUACUGAAUGCUUUAUGAAAGGAAGACCAUCUAAAUGUUUUGUCUGUUUUGAAUUGUCUAACUACAAAUUUUGAAUGUCUCCAUGGACAGAUGUCUUAAAAAGAAGAAUCAAAGAACAAGUGUUUUCAGACCUUUAAACUCUUAGCCAUACAAAAAAGAUUUACUGAUCAAUAUUUCCACUUCACAGUUGCAUUGUAGGGCACUUUACGUUUUUCCAAUAACUGGAAUACUAAUAUCAUGUGGAGAGAGACUGCUGGAGAUUAUAGAAAAUUGAAAAAUGGGUAAUGCUUAGAAAAACAUUUGUACGUUUAUUUUAUUUUUUUAAUAUAACCAAAUAGAGUCAUAAAUUAUUGUUUAUAUUAUGGUCAAAUAUGCAGUGCCUUACACAAAGAUGUUUUUCACCCAAAUUAUUUAUCCAUUACAGUUUCUAUAUUAUUGAUGUUUGCUUAGUUUCAUUGAAAAGCCAGUGAUAAAGCUUUUUUCUUUUUGUAUGAAGAUGCAUUCACAAAUGCUGGAAUUCUCUCUCAAGAGUUUAUCUUAUUGCUUAUUGUUAAACAAGUCCAAAAUGUUUAGUUUUUAAACUGUGAAUGAAAACCAACUUGCAUAUUCUGGUUGGCUCAUAUGAGUUCUAGCUCUUGGCCAUAUUUAAAAAGGGAAGCAUGAAAAGCUUUUAAAGGUUGGGUUUCUUUGCAAAAACAGUUGAUCUAAUUUUUUCUUUUACAUUUAUUUGACUUAAAUAGUAAAGGAUAUAUAGUCACAGACAAUCAGAAAUUAUUUUAAAUUGACUCGGAAACCUCACUGUGCACAUCAAAAGAUUGUAGAUCGGACAAGACCAAAGUAUGCUAUUGUUAUUAUCUUGAUUUUAAGAUCUGCAGGUAAAUAAAUAUUUUACUAAUCUUUAAA